AUGUUUGUUCACGGAAUUAAGCCAGGGUCUAGUGAGGAGGAGGAGGAAGAGGAUGUUAUGGAUAUUCUCAUGAAAAGAAGAGAAGAAUGCGAGCGCAAGGCGAGGAGGGGGGAGAUGGACCCCCGGCUGGAGUUCACAUUCCAGCUCCUGAUAGAUGGCACAGGCCUCCCGCGACAUGCCAUCAUGGACCAUGUGUUUGAAGGAAAUAUGCUGGAUGACAUCAACCAGCUCUUCCUACCACACAUGAGGAACAAGCUUCUCUGGUACUAUCAAGAUGUAGAGGAAAUCGAGCAUCGUCCACUACCAGAAGGCACGAAAAAAGGCCAAGGGAAACCACCACCCCCUAUAAUAACUCUGAAGAAAAAGCUGUUUCUGUCUGACGGCUGGGACGUCAGGUUCACGGGCGUCUGCAUUUACAUGUUCCGGAUAAACGUCAGUAAACAGCUACCAGAAGAAGGAUUUCAUAAAGACCUAUUUUGUGGAAUCCUGAAUGCCCAGCAAGUGGGGCUGGUGACGGCUAUAGAACGAGUGAUGGAACACGUCUACAUGAACGCCUUGGCACAUCCAAGCAUGUGUGAAGACGUAUGCAAUCAAGUGAACUUAUUCGACGAUGGCCAGUCUCACAUGGCAGAACUUCAAGAUCAUUCACAGCUGAAGGACAUGGCCAAGAACCCUACCACCAUCACCAUGUUAGAGGACCGCGUCAACGAAUGGAUUAAGAAAGUUAUGGAGAUAUUAAGUGAAAGCGAACAAUUGCGACGUGAGGUGGACUCCAGUGGUCCUCAGGAUGAGCUGGAGUAUUGGAAGAAGAGAGGCGCGCAGUUCUCGCAGCUCGUGUCGUAUUUACAGGAUAAUGAAGUGCAGCUUACACUUAGCUGUUUACAAAUCGCAAAUUCAAAAGUAAUAAGACUGUGGCGGGACACUGAUCACAAAAUUACCUUCUGCUACAACGAAGCGAAAGAUAACGCCAAGUUUAUCCAAGCAAUGGAGAAAUGCUGCCACAGUCUGUACCUGGACGAUCCUGUGAAGAUCAAGGAUUCUAUACUGAGUCUGUUGCAGACAGUCAGGCUGAUACAUAGUGUGUCGCAGUUCUAUAAUACUUCAGAGAGGAUCUCUUCUUUGAUGGUUAAGAUAACCAACCAAAUGAUAGAAACUUGCAAGCAGUACAUUACGUGCCGAUUCAAGGAAACUAUUUGGUCCCAAGAGCGCGCGUUAGUGAGGGACAAGUUGAUACACUGUAUCAACCUGAACAGGACUUACAGGGAAACAUACUUAUUCGUCAAGAACCAAGCUUUUUUACCAAAUACAGAGCAGUUUAGUUUCUCAGAGAAUUAUGUCUUUGGGAAAUUCGACACGUUUUGCAAAAGGUUGAACAAGAUAAUUGCUAUGUUCGAUUUAAUGGAUGACUAUAACAAUCUGUUUGAGAAAAGGAUGGAGGGUCUGUUGCUGGGAGAAGAUCUCGAAGAAGCCAUGCAUACCUUUGAAGAGGCAAAGAAAGCGGUUACGACUUGCCAGUACGACUAUUUGGAUUACAGAAACAGUGAAUUUGACAAAGAUUACAACACUUUUGAAGAUAAAACAAAUGCACUUCGGGAGUCUAUAGGAAACACGAUAGAAGAAAAUUUUGCCACCGUAUGGGAAACACCGCAAGGAAUAAAGUUCUUGACAAGAUUUGAAAAGGUGAGCCAAAAGAUUAUGAUAACGAAGCUGAGUGAGAAGUAUGACAGAGUGCUAAGGUAUUGCGAGAAAGAAGUAGACAAGAUAACCAAAAUGUUCAAAAGACAGAGAGAAGAUCCGCCUUUGCCGCGGAACUACUCCCCCGUCGCUGGCCGUAUAAAAUGGUCCCGAUGUCUAAUGCACAACAUGACCGAAACCGUGGAAAGUGUGUGUGCUCACCCCGUGCUUCGGUCGCUGCCUGCAUCUGCAGACAUGAUGAGGAAGUAUUCCAACACCCGCUCGCUCAUCUACAACUACCAGGAGACCAUGAAAGCAGUCUGGAUGAACCAGAAUCUAUGGGAUGUAGACGACUGUCUGAACAACACACUCCUGAGGAUUGAUGACAGUGGCUGUGUCGUAGUAAACCUCGACCAUACAGUCCGGCUACUAAUCAGAGAAUCUGACUGUCUAGUCAAGAUGGGAAUUGAUUUACCAAUUGUUUGCCAUUCUCUGUAUGCUAAAAAAAAUUACUUUACACUCGUCAAUGAUUCCUUACAAUUUCUCCUAGAAGAUUACCUCCGUACAGUGAGACGCGUUAAACUUGAGGUCCGUCCUCUCUUUCUGCCGCAAGUUGUGCGUCUGUCAUCUCUUUUGCUCCCCGGCUUGAAGUACGUGUGUUGGACUAGUGACGAUUGGCGAGAGUUUAUCGAGCGCGCCAACGCAGCUAUCAAAAGCUUUGAUGUCCUGGUAACUCGGGUACACGAUAUAUAUACUAACCGUAUAAUAUACAUGCUAAGUGGAAUGCAAGAUGUUACUUUGAUCAAUUUACCUGAGGAAACUCCGUGGUCUGUAGAAGAAUUCAUAGAAAACGUAGAAACGGGAUGUCGAAAUGCUUGCGUAGAAUUAAACCGUAAGAGCCUGAUGGUAGAGGAAGCAGUGGAGGAAGUCUUGGAUCUGGUCAAAAAAGCAGCUCAACAAAUCAAGCCAACUGAAAUUAAUCCCGAUUUUGAGUUUCUUAUAGCUGAAGAUGACAGUCAAGCGGGCAGCGGAGCUACGUCAACUGUCAAUGAUUCAACGUCGAGUGGUCAGCAGGACUGGUCUGCGGUAUGGGAGUGUUUUGAGAGUCCCCAUAGACUAUUGUCUAUGCCAGCUGGAGGACUGUCGAAGAGUAUGCAGGAAAUGGUGAAAAAUGCAGUGAGUGAGAUGCGACGUUACUACAGUAGAAAAGUUGUCGAUGUCCUCAUCAAAGUUACUAGAAAGACUCUGGAUGUUAUUAUCAAACAAUUCACCACAGACAUAAAUGCAGUUGAAGAAACACAAAAGAAACCGAUCUUCCUCCUUCAGGCUUCGCUAAUGAUACCCAACGUGUCCGUGACUCCUACUCUUGACGACAUCCAAGAGGUGUUGCUACUGGCUGGCAAGCAUAUAUCUGGACUAUCGAAGGGCGUUGCACAAUGGACGGGUGGAAAAACUUCAAGGGUCCAGUCAGUCACCGGCCCUCCACCUGCUCAGAAGUCGAUGAAAAUGGUCGAUAUGGCUAAGAUGAAGAGGAAGAAACAUUACAGACUCGAAUCAGAAGAGAAACCACAGUUUCCAUUCCAACAAAAGAACUUUUAUAGUUAUGUUAUGGAGAAUAAAGAGAUUGUGAAGACAUUGACUUUGCUAUCUAUGUGCUCGGCAAAUGUUAAAACGGAAGUUAACACCCUAGUCAAACGCUGGAGACCUUACCAUUACUUAUGGAAAUGCGAGAAAACGUUGCGGCAGUUGCUAGCUUGGAACCUGAACGACUUCGAACUAUCCCUGAAAAGACACAGCGAGCUCGAAGCUAAACUCGAGCUGGAACCUGAUGUACUGAUCAUCGGAAAUUGCCUGGCAGUAUCCACGGAGAAACUGAAGCUAGGAUUAACUACAGAACUUAAAAAUGGUACUCACAGGAUAAGUCAAGCUAUGCGCAAGAAAUAUAAGCGCGAGAUGGACUAUGUGUACGCUAUCAUGAAUGACUUGGAGCGUAAGCUGGAGAGACCUAUCAGAGAUCUAGAUGACGUCAGAACUGUCAUGGAGACUUUGAAGAAGAUUAGAGAGCAAGAGGUUGAUAUGGAACUCAGGAUUGAUCCAGUAGAGGAAGCAUUCAAUAUCAUAACACGAUACGAGCUACCUGUAAGCAAAGAAGACCUGGAACAGGUAGACAAUCUUCGCUACACUUGGCAGCAGCUACAAGCCAGAUCCCUGGCUUCACACUUCUCCUUGCUGAAGAUGCAGCCACAGCUCGAAGAAGAUCUCAACAGUAACUUGGAUAGGUUCAGGGAGGAUAAUUCUGAGUAUGUACACGAGUAUCGUUAUGCGGGACCUAUGCAGCCAGGGUUGAGUCCAAGAGAAGCUUCAGAUAGGCUGAUACUGUUCCAGAAUCGUUUUGAUGGCAUGUGGCGAAAGCUUCAGACAUAUCAGAAUGGUGAAGAGCUAUUCGGUUUGCCUCACACUGAGUACCCAGAGCUAGCUCAGAUCAGGAAAGAACUGAAUCUUCUACAGAAACUAUACAAGCUGUAUAAUGACGUCAUCGACAGAGUCAGCAGUUAUUACGAUAUACCUUGGGGAGAAGUGAAUAUUGAAGAGAUUAACAAUGAGCUGAUGGAGUUCCAGAACCGAUGUCGGAAAUUGCCUAAAGGGCUAAAGGAAUGGCCUGCAUUCUUUGCGCUGAAGAAAACUAUUGACGACUUCAACGACAUGUGCCCACUUUUGGAGCUGAUGGCUAACAAAGCGAUGAAGCCUCGCCACUGGCAGCGAAUCAUGGAAGUCACUAAAUAUAUCUUCGAAUUGGACAACGAAGAUUUUUGUUUGAAGAAUAUUCUGGAAGCACCGUUGCUGCCUAACAAGGAGGAUAUUGAAGAUAUUUGUAUAUCAGCGAUGAAAGAAAAGGAUAUAGAAGGUAAAUUGCGCGGUGUCACAAAUGAGUGGUCCGUCCACGAGCUGACUUUCCAGACGUUCAACAAUCGUGGUGAACUUCUACUGAGGGGCGACACCACUGCUGAGACUAUAGGCCAGCUUGAAGACAGCCUCAUGAUAUUGGGAUCCCUGCUUUCUAAUCGCUACAACGCACCAUUCAGAAAACAAAUUCAGCAAUGGCUGUACGAUCUUCAAAGUACGAACGAGAUCCUAGAAAGGUGGCUUCUUGUACAAAACAUGUGGGUUUAUCUCGAAGCCGUAUUCGUCGGUGGUGAUAUCGCCAAACAACUGCCCAAGGAAGCUAAGAGGUUCUCUAAAAUCGACAAAUCCUGGCAGAAAAUUAUGCAAAGGGCUCAUGAAACUCCUGGUGUGGUUUCCUGCUGUGUAGGGGAUGAUCUUCUCAGACAAUUGCUCCCACAUCUUCAAGAACAACUUGAAUUAUGCCAAAAGAGUCUCAGUGGCUAUCUAGAAAGGAAAAGAACCAUGUUCCCGCGAUUCUUCUUUGUGUCAGACCCGGCCUUAUUAGAAAUUUUGGGCCAGGCAUCAGACUCGCAUACCAUACAGAACCAUUUGCUGUCUAUUUUUGAUAAUAUUAGAUACGUCAAGUUCCAUGAUAUCGAAUACAACAAGAUGAUUGCAAUAGUGUCAUCAGAAGGCGAGGAGAUAAAGCUGGAGCGUCCGGUGCGAGCUGAGGGUUCCGUAGAGACAUGGCUGACAUCGCUGUUACAGUCUGCACAGGGCAGCUUGCACGCCAUCAUUAGGAACGCAGUGGCCGUUAUUAAUGAUCCCGCUUUCAAUCUUCUGUUGUUCCUGGAUAAAAUGCCGGCACAGAUUGGUCUGUUGGGCAUUCAAAUAAUAUGGACGAGAGACGCCGAGCUGGCUCUGAUGCAAGCUCGUCAAGACAAGAAGAUAAUGAUGGAAACCAAUAACAAGUUUCUGGAGUUACUGAACACCUUGAUCGAUCAGACUACGAGAAACUUAUUGAAGAUAGAAAGAAUUAAAUUUGAAACGCUCAUUACCAUUCAUGUCCAUCAAAGAGACAUUUUCGAUAUGCUGUGUCGUCUCAACGUCCGUUCGGCGAAUGAUUUCGAGUGGCUGAAGCAGUGCAGGUUCUAUUUCAAGGAAGAUGCUGACAAGACGUGGAUCUCUGUCACCGACGUCACCUUUACUUACCAGAACGAAUACUUGGGCUGUACCGAUAGGCUCGUGAUCACGCCUCUUACUGACAGAUGCUACAUUACCCUCGCUCAAGCGCUAGCAAUGAGUAUGGGCGGCGCUCCAUGCGGCCCCGCUGGCACAGGCAAGACUGAGACCGUCAAAGACAUGGGCAAGACUCUGGCUAAAUACGUCGUCGUCUUCAACUGCUCCGAUCAGAUGGACUACAGGGGUUUAGGCCGAAUAUACAAAGGCUUAGCUCAAUCAGGUUCGUGGGGGUGUUUCGACGAGUUCAACCGCAUAGAGUUGCCGGUACUGUCGGUUGCUGCUCAACAAGUCGCCGUCGUGCUGGCCGCUAAGAAGGAAAAGAAGAAAAGCUUUGUCUUCACUGAUGGCGAUGUCUCUGAAAUGUGCCCCGAAUUCGGAAUAUUUAUUACUAUGAACCCAGGAUAUGCCGGUCGUAAAGAGUUACCAGAAAACUUGAAGAUCCAAUUCCGAACGGUAGCCAUGAUGGUGCCUGAUAGACAGAUCAUCAUAAGAGUGAAACUUGCGUCUUGUGGCUUUCUAGAAAAUAUUACAUUGGCCAGGAAGUUCUACACUCUUUACAAACUAUGUGAGGAGCAAUUGACGAAGCAGGUCCAUUACGACUUCGGUCUUCGCAACAUCUUAUCCGUGCUUCGUACUCUUGGCGCAGUAAAACGAGUGAACAGCAAAGACAAUGAAAGUACCAUAGUUAUGAGAGUUCUUCGAGACAUGAAUCUGUCUAAAUUAAUUGAUGAGGAUGAACCUCUCUUCAUUUCGCUGGUUGCAGACUUGUUCCCAAACCAGGCUUUAGAGAAGACAACCUACACGGAUUUAGAGGAGGCUAUAAAGAAACAAGUUGAUUUACUUGGCCUAAUCAGCCAUCCACCUUGGUUGUUAAAGAUCAUCCAGUUGUAUGAAACUCAGCGAGUGCGUCACGGUAUUAUGACGCUGGGGCCGCCGGGAGCCGGCAAGACGACCUGCAUCCAGACCCUCAUGAGUGCUCUCACUGAAACCGAAAACCCACACAAGGAAAUGCGAAUGAAUCCCAAGGCAAUUACAGCAGCUCAGAUGUUCGGCCGAUUAGACGUCGCCACCAAUGACUGGACUGAUGGAAUAUUCUCGGCUCUUUGGCGUAAAACUCUCAAAAUAAGAACAGGCGAGCACAUUUGGCUCGUCUUAGAUGGACCAGUAGACAGCAUAUGGAUCGAGAACUUGAACUCCGUACUAGAUGACAACAAAACUUUGACCUUGGCCAAUGGUGAUCGUCUCACAAUGUCUCCAACUUCCAAGAUUAUAUUUGAACCGGAAAAUAUUGAUAACGCAUCACCAGCUACUGUAUCUAGAAAUGGGAUGGUUUACAUGAGCUCCUCAGGAUUGACUUGGGACCCAGUGCUACGUGCUUGGCUCAAAACACGUUCACCACGUGAAAAUGAAGUUUACACUCCACUCUUCGAAGAAACCUUUCCAGUCACUUACACAUGGUGCACACAAAAUCUUUCUUUCAGUAUGCGCGUCCUACAAAGUAAUAUUAUUGCACAAAUGCUGAACUUGCUAGAAGGACUGGUGCCUCCACAAGUAAUAGAAACAGAGGACCCUUCAGGCAAUAAGUCUCUAAAUGGUGAUGAUGAUGAAGAGGAAAAAGAUAAAGGUGAAGAAAUCAUACUGUUUACACCUGAACACCUUCAUAAAGUCUACGUAUUUAGUCUUGUAUGGGGGUUUGGCUCUUUACUGGAAACCGAAGAUAGAAAACGAUUUGAUACAUAUUUGAGGAAAAAGUUUAGUGAUAUGCUAGACUUCCCGAAACAUCCGAACAAUAAACCCUGUAUAGUUUUUGACUUCUUUGUGAAACAUCCCGGCAAGUGGGAGCUGUGGGACGACUUGAUGAUGCACUAUCAAUAUCCUGACACCGCCACACCGGAUUACGCAAGCAUUUUGGUACCGAUUGUCGACAACGUACGAAUCAAUUACUUGAUCCAUUGUAUUGCCAAACAAGGCAAAGCAGUUCUAUUACUGGGCGAGCAAGGAUCAGCUAAAACGGUGAUGAUGAAAGCAUACAUGAAGAACUGUAAUCCAGAACAGUUCAUAGGACGAUCGUUCAAUUUCUCUUCAGCCACGAGCCCAUACCAGUUCCAAAAAACCAUAGAAAGUUACGUGGAGAAACGCAGCGGUAUGACAUUUGGGCCUCCAGGUGGAAAGAAAAUGUUAGUGUUCAUUGACGAUAUUAAUUUACCACAGAUUAACGAGUGGGGGGAUCAGAUCACAAAUGAAAUAGUAAGGCAAACCAUGGGUAUGAACGGGUUCUACAGUCUUGAGAAACCUGGUGACUUUACUACUGUCAUUGAUAUAUUGUUUCUUGCCGCCAUGGGUCAACCUGGUGGUGGUAGAAACGACAUUCCAGCUCGAUUGAAACGCCAGUUCUCCAUUUUUAAUUGUCCUCUUCCCAACAACGAUUCUAUAGACAAAAUCUUCAAAGUCAUCGGAGAGGGACACUACAACGCUAAACGAGGCUUUGCUUCCGAAGUGAGACAACUCAUUAAAAAAGUUAUACCUUUGACGAGGGAACUCUGGGCGAGGACUAGAGCUAACUUAUUACCAACUCCAGCGAAAUUCCACUACGUAUUUUCUUUGCGAGAUCUAUCAAGGGUUUGGCAAGGAAUGGUAGGAACUCUGCCAACUGUGAUUGAGUCGGAAAAAUGCUUAAUGCUUUUAUGGAAACAUGAAUUUUCGAGAGUCUUCUCCGACCGUUUCACUCAUGAAAAGGAUAAGGACUGGUUUAACAAAGCCAUGUAUGACAUAACUGAAGAGGUUCUAGGUACGGAGUACAAAAAGAUGAUGUUGGACAAAGAACCUGUUUUUGUGGAUUUUAUGAGAGAUGCUCCAGAGCCGACCGGCGAGGAGGGAGAAGACACAGACAUGGAACUGCCCAAGGUGUAUGAGCCUGUUUUCGACUAUGCGGAGCUUCGAGAACGUCUCGACAUGUUUCUGGCACAAUUCAAUGAAAUGGUUCGUGGAUCCGGCAUGGAUUUGGUCUUCUUCCCGGAUGCCAUGCUCCAUUUGGUCAAAAUAUCAAGAGUAAUAAGACAUCCCAGAGGAAAUGUCAUGCUUGUCGGUGUAGGCGGUUCGGGGAAGCAAUCCCUAACUAAAUUAUCUACGUUUAUAGCGGGCUACCGGUCCUUCCAAAUUGCAUUAACCAGAUCAUAUAACGUCAGCAAUUUUCUAGAAGACCUAAAGUUGCUGUAUAGGUCUUGUGGUGUUCAAGGAAAAGGCACAACGUUUAUAUUUACCGACCUUGAUAUUAAAGAGGAAGGUUUCCUGGAAUACUUAAAUAAUAUUUUAUCAUCCGGCGUUAUAUCGAACCUCUUUACUAAAGACGAGCAACAGGAAAUUAUUUCAGAGUUGACUCCUAUCAUGAAACGAGAGAACCAGAAAAGAACUUUGACUAAUGAAUUGGUAAUGGAAUAUUUCUUGAACAGGACUUGCCAGAAUCUCCACGUUGUAUUAUGCUUUUCACCGGUAAGCGAAGCAUUCAGAUAUAGGGCUAUGCGUUUCCCAGCCCUCAUUUCUGGUUGCACAAUAGAUUGGUUCCAACCCUGGCCAAAAGAUGCUUUAGUUUCGGUAGCGGACCAUUUCCUAGCAGAAUUUGAAAUUGAAUGCACUAAAGAAGUAAAGAAAGAACUGGUGACAGUGUUAGGAACAAUACAAGAUGUUGUCUCUCAAGUAUCAGUAGAAUAUUAUCAAAGAUUCCGACGUUCAUCUCAUGUUACACCAAAAUCUUAUCUUAACUUUAUUGGCGGCUACAAAACAAUUUAUCAAAUGAAACAAAAGGAGUUAGGUGAUGGUGCUUUAAGAAUGGACACAGGUCUGGAGAAACUACGAGAAGCAUCUAUAUCUGUGGAAGUAUUAAAGAAAGAUUUAGCCGUGAUGGAACAAGAUUUGGCUCUUGCAUCAGAAAAAGCAGAUCGAGUGCUGACUGAAGUAACAGACAGGGCUAUGCAAGCUGAGAUUGUGAAAAAUCAAGUACAAAUAGUGAAAGAAAAAGCAGAGGCUUUAGUGGCAUACAUUGCCGAAGAAAAAGAGAAAGCUGAAAUUAAAUUGGAAGCUGCAAAACCGGCAUUAGAAGAAGCUGAAGCCGCACUUAAUACCAUUAAACCUGCGCAUAUUGCUACUGUCAGAAAGUUAGGCAGACCUCCGCAUCUUAUCAUGCGGAUUAUGGACUGUGUGUUAAUUCUCUUCCAAAGAAGAUUACAUCCAGUGAUAUCGGAUACUGCUGCUCCUUGCCCUAAGCCAUCGUGGGCAGAAUCUUUAAAGAUGAUGGCCAGCACUACAUUUUUGUUACAACUCCAAAACUAUCCCAAAGACAUUAUUAACAAUGAGAUGGUGGAACAUUUGAAUCCAUACUUUGAAAUGGAAGAUUACAACAUGGACACAGCUAAGAGAGUAUGUGGUGACGUCGCUGGUUUACUGUCUUGGACCAAAGCCAUGGCUUUUUUCCAUAGCGUGAACAAAGAGGUGUUGCCUCUGAAAGCCAAUCUUCUGUUACAAGAAGCUAGACUGAAGGUUGCGAUGGACGACUUGGCAUCAGCCGAGCGUCAGUUGGAAGAACGAGAAAUGUCUCUAAGAAAAGUGAAGGAGCAAUAUGAGUCAGCAGUAUCUGAAAAACAGCAAUUGACAGAUGCUGCUAAUGUUUGUUUAAGAAAAAUGACAGCCGCUACAGCUCUAAUUAACGGGUUGGGUGGUGAAAAAAUAAGAUGGACUCAGCAAAGUAAAGAUUUCAAAGAACAACUCGGCAGACUGGUGGGAGAUGUAGUUUUAGCUACAGGAUUUUUGUCAUACUGUGGUCCAUACAAUCAGGAAUUCAGAAAUAGCUUACUGAACACAUGGAUGGGAAUUUUAACUAGUAAAAAAAUACCCGUAACACACGACUUGAAUAUCACCAACAUGUUGGUAGAAAGCGCUACUAUUUCAGAAUGGACACUGCAAGGUCUUCCAAACGAUGAAUUAUCUGUUCAAAAUGCAUUGAUUGUUACUAAAUCAAGUUCGUACCCACUACUAGUCGAUCCUCAAAGUCAAGGAAAGAAUUGGAUAAAAAACAAAGAAAGUACUAACGAGCUUCAGAUUACAUCUCUCAAUCACAAAUAUUUCAGAACACACUUAGAAGACAGUUUAUCCCUUGGUAGACCUCUGUUAAUAGAAGAUGUUGCUGUCGAAUUAGAUCCGGUUAUAGACAACGUUCUCGAAAAGAACUUUAUCAAGUCAGGUUCUAUAGAAAAGGUGAUAGUCGGGGAUAAGGAAUGCGACGUGAUGCCUGGUUUCAUGUUAUACAUUACAACUAAGCUUCCUAAUCCUGCUUAUUCACCAGAAGUGAGUGCUAAAACGUCAAUUAUAGACUUUACGGUUACAAUGCGAGGUUUAGAAGAUCAGCUGCUUGGUAGAGUAAUAUUAAUGGAGAAAUCUGAUCUAGAAGAAGAAAGAGUUGCAUUAUUUGAAUCAGUUAUGAAAAAUCAGCGAAGUAUGAAGGAGUUGGAAAGUAAUUUGCUUUGUCGGUUAACAUCUUCAGAAGGAUCUCUAGUGGAUGAUGAGGCUUUAAUUCAAGUGCUACAAAUUACUAAGACGACUGCAGAAGAAGUAAAUGAAAAACUCAAAGUAGCAGAAGUGACUGAAAAAAAGAUUGUAAAAGCGCGGGAAGAGUUUCGGGCGGUAGCCGCUAGAGGCUCGAUACUAUACUUUUUAAUAGUAGAAAUGAGUAAUGUAAACCUCAUGUACCAGAAUUCAUUGAAACAAUUCUUGAAUAUAUUUGAUAAUUCCAUAACCAAGUCUACAAAGAGCAAUGUAACUGAAGAACGAAUAAAUAUUAUACUGAAGUAUUUGACACAUGAGGUGUGGGCGUUUACACUACGAAGCUUAUAUGAAAGGCAUAAAGCUUUGUUUACUUUAAUGUUGGGAAUGAAAAUCGAUUGUCAACGUGGUUUGAUAUCGCACGACGAGUUCAUGGCGUUCAUUAAAGGAGGCGCAUCGUUAGACUUGAAUGCCGUCACCCCCAAGCCAUUCAGGUGGAUCCUUGAUAUCACGUGGUUAAACCUCGUUGAAAUAAGUAAACUGAAAACUUUUAAUGACGUUCUUACUCGGAUAACAUCCAAUGAGAAGGAGUGGCGUGUCUGGUACGAGAAGGCUAAGCCCGAAGAAGAACCUUUUCCUAGUGGUUAUCAGGAAAGCCUUGACGUGUUUAGGAAACUAUUGCUUAUUCGAUCCUGGAGUCCAGAUCGCACAUUAUCUCAAGCAAGAAAGUACAUAGUUGAUUCUCUUGGCCCUGAAUAUGGCGAAGGAUGUAUCCUGAACUUGGAAACAACUUGGGAGGAAUCAGAACCUCGUACUCCUCUCAUUUGUAUAUUGUCCAUCGGUUCUGAUCCUUCAGCACAAAUAGCUGCACUCGCAAAAGCUAAAGAAAUUGUUUUAAAAUCAGUAUCCAUGGGUCAAGGUCAAGAAAUCGUUGCAAGGAAAAUGAUAUCAGAUUCCAUGAACGAAGGUGGCUGGGUGUUGCUGCAAAAUAUACAUUUAUCACUACCAUUUUGCGUAGAGGCUAUGGAUGCUCUCAUUGAAACUGAACAUAUCCAAGAAUCAUUCAGACUUUGGCUGACUACAGAAGUGCACACCGAAUUUCCUAUUGGUCUUCUACAAAUGGCUAUAAAAUUCACCAAUGAACCGCCUCAAGGUAUCAGAGCCAGUAUGAAGAGGACCUAUCAAAAUAUCACUCAAGAUACCCUUGAUUAUUCUUCGUUAUCGCAAUGGCCACCUCUUCUUUAUGCUGUGGCCUUUUUACACACUAUUGUACAAGAAAGGCGAAAGUUCGGCCCUCUCGGUUGGAACAUUCCUUAUGAGUUCAAUCAAUCUGAUUACGCGUCCAGUGUACAAUUUGUCCAGAACCAUUUGGAUGAAAUUGAUCCAAAAAAGGGUAUAUCUUGGCCAACUAUAUGCUACAUGCUCGGAGAAGUGAUGUACGGCGGGCGAGUUACUGACGAUUUUGAUAAACGCUUGCUGACCACUUUUACAAAUGUUUGGUUUUGUGACGUAUUGCUACGUCCUGGCUUUGAAUUUUACAAAGGUUAUAAAGUACCUACUACUAGGAAUAUUCAAGGGUACGUGGACUACAUCAAUCAGCUUCCUCUGACUGAUACUCCUGAAGUCUUUGGUCUACAUGGAAAUGCAGACAUAACGUAUCAGAUAAAUAGUGCAAAAGAUAUUUUGGAUACUAUCUUGAGUGUGCAGCCUAAGGAAGGUGGUAGUCAGGGUGGAGAGACUAGAGAGAGUAUUGUAUAUCGCCUGGCUGAGGACAUGUUGGAGAAGCUGCCAAAACAAUACGUAAGCUUCGAGGUCAGGGAAGCGCUUCAAAAGAUGGGCGCGUUUCUACCAAUGAAUAUUUUUCUGAGACAAGAAAUCGAUAGGAUUCAGAAAGUUGUGAAGACUGUGAGCUCAACGCUGUGUGACCUGAAGUUAGCCAUCGACGGUACCAUCGUGAUGAGUCAAGGGCUGAGGGAGUCGUUGGAUGCUAUGUAUGACGCUCGUAUACCACAAAAAUGGCUCAAGGUAUCUUGGGAGUCAGCAACACUCGGGUUCUGGUAUACAGAGUUAUUGGAACGCGAGCAGCAGUACAGGAUAUGGCUUCGGAACGGGAGGCCUUCAGCUUUUUGGAUGACUGGUUUCUUCAAUCCUCAAGGAUUCCUAACAGCUAUGAGACAGGAGGUGACUCGCAGCCACAAAGGUUGGGCGCUCGACUCUGUGGUGCUGCAGAACCACAUCACUAAGCUGAAUAGAGAGGAUGUGCACGAAGGCCCGGCGGAGGGCGUUUAUGUCUACGGCCUGUUCUUAGAAGGAGCGUCUCUGGACAGAAAAACCGGCAAACUGAUCGAAUCAAAGCCCAAGGUGUUGUACGAGCAGAUGCCUGUGAUCUAUAUCUUCGCUAUCAACACGACUGCGGGCAAGGACCCGCGCUUAUACGAGUGCCCAAUUUAUAGGAAGCCGCAGAGAACAGACGCUAAGUACGUGGGCUCCAUAGACUUUGAAACGGACAGCAACCCGAGACAUUGGACCCUAAGGGGGGUCGCUUUAUUGUGUGAUAUCAAGUAAAGAUAAACAAUAUAAAUGAGUAGGUAAUGAUAAUCUAAUAAAAAUGAAGUAACGAA